GUGUAUUUUUCCGGUCCUUGUCCUCUCUCUUAACUUAGCUUCACUUUGUCGCCGAGAGAUAUCGUGAAGCACGCAAAAAUGAUAGGGUCACUUAAGUUAGUUUUACUGUUAAGUGUAAUUUAUUUAUGUAAGGCCUCAGAGGAAGACGUACUAGAACUUACUGAUGGAGAUUUUGAUAGUGCGAUUUCUCAGCAUGACACCGCUCUCGUCAUGUUUUACGCACCAUGGUGCGGUCAUUGCAAACGCUUAAAACCGGAAUACGCUCUUGCGGCCGGCAUUCUUAAAAAUGACGAUCCACCAGUAGCCCUAGCUAAGGUGGACUGUACUGAAGGUGGUAAGACCCUCUGUGAAAAGUACUCUGUAUCUGGAUACCCCACUUUGAAGAUCUUCCGCAAAGGAGAACUAUCACAGGAAUACAAUGGACCCAGGGAAUCAAACGGUAUUGUCAAGUACAUGCGCGCCCAAGUUGGCCCCAGCUCCAAGGAACUGCUUACAGUCGCCAACUUUGAAGAUUUCCUCAACAAGGAUGAAGUUGUUGUUGUUGGCUUCUUCGAGAAGGAAUCAGACCUGAAGGGCGAGUUCUUGAAAACGGCAGACAAGAUGCGUGAAGAAAUCACCUUUGGUCACUCAUCAGCCAAGGAGGUCCUUGACAAGGCUGGAUUUAAGGACAAUGUGGUACUGUACCGUCCAAAACGCCUGCAGAACAAAUUCGAAGAAUCCUCAGUUGUAUACAAUGGCGAGCCUGACUCCCUGAAGGGCUUCAUCAAGGAAAACUUCCACGGCCUAGUCGGUAUCCGUCUAAAGGACAACAUGCGCGACUUCACCGACCCCCUGGUUGUCGCUUACUUCGAUGUCGACUACGUUAAGAACCCCAAGGGAACAAACUACUGGAGGAACAGAGUGCUUAAGGUCGCCAAAGAAAUGGACGAAAUUACAUUCGCAGUGUCCGACAAGGACGACUUUACGCACGAACUGAAUGACUAUGGCAUUGAUUUCGCGAAGGGUGACAAGCCAGUUGUUGCUGGACGAGAUGCUGAUGGAAACAAAUUCGUUAUGAGCACUGAGUUUAGCAUUGAGAACCUCCUGGCGUUCAGCAAAGACCUCCUCGCUGGCAAGUUGGAGCCGUUCAUCAAAUCUGAAGCAUUGCCCGAAGACAACUCUGGUCCCGUGAAGGUGGCUGUCGGCAAGAACUUCAAGGAGCUGGUGACGGACAGUGGACGGGAUGCCCUCAUUGAGUUCUAUGCACCCUGGUGUGGACAUUGCCAGAAACUUGCUCCCGUGUGGGAGGAACUUGGUGACAAGCUGAAAGACGAAGAGGUAGAUAUUGUGAAGAUCGACGCGACAGCCAACGACUGGCCCAAGUCACUGUACGAUGUCUCCGGUUUCCCCACCAUCUACUGGAAGCCCAAGGACGCCAAUAAGCGACCAGUUAGAUACAAUGGUGGUCGCGGUAUCGAGGACUUCUUGAAGUAUGUUGCCGAACAGUCCAGCAGCGAGCUCAAGGGCUGGGACAGAAAGGGCAACGCCAAGAAGGACGAGCUGUAGAGUUGUGAAGCAAUACUUGAAGAUCUGCGAGCGAAUGUGUGUGUGAAUGCGCCUUAACAGAAAGUGGUGGGAUGUAUCCAGUUUGCUCUCAUAUAGCAUUUAGUCCACAUUCCAUCCCCUGAAUACUAUUUGAGAGCUAGUCUAAGCAAUUAUUGAGUAUUUACCUAAAGGGCCCUCUUGAUCAUCGGCAGUGUUGGUCCAACAAAUGAUCGUCGAUAUUUGUCGCGAUCAGCGGAUAUGAAGAAACUUGUACAAUUACAGCCGAUCAUAGACAUUUAGGCCCUCUACACUAUUGUGAUUGCCUCUACUCGCCCAACACUACCCAUUGUGAAGAGGGCCCAUAAGCUCUGUCGCAAAUUGAAUAUAAUGAAUUGUACAGGUAAAACUCAAUAAUGUCAAAUACAGUAAAGUAAUUUUUAAUGCAUUUCUUAUAUUUGUCAGUGAAUAAUAAAUAGGUUAUUUAUA